UAACUGCAGCAUUGGAGAGGAAGGUUUCACAGCUCUUGCAUCAGCACUGAGAUCAAACCCCUCACACAUGAGAGUGCUGGGGCUGACCGGGAGUGAAGCAGGAGACUCAGGAGUGAAGCAUCUUUCUUCUUUUCUGGAGGAUCCCAACUGUACACUGGAGAAUCUAAACCUGGAUAACUGCAGCAUUGGUGAGGAAGGAUUCACAGCUCUUGCUUCAGCACUGAGAUCAAACCCCUCACACAUGAGAGAGCUGUAUCUGGAGGAGAGUGAUGCAACAGACUCAGGAGUGAAGCAUCUUUCUUCUUUUCUGGAGGAUCCCAACUGUAAACUGGAGAAACUACGCCUGAAGAACUGCAACAUUGGAGAGGAAGGAUUCACAGCUCUUGCAUCAGCACUGAGAUCAAACCCCUCACACAUGAGAGAGCUGGGGCUGGAGGGGAGUAAAGCAACAGACUCAGGAGUGAAGCAUCUUUCUUCUCUUCUGGAGGAUCCCAACUGUAAACUGGAGGAACUAAACCUUGAUAACUGCAGCAUUGGUGAGGAAGGAUUCACAGCUCUUGCAUCAGCACUGAGAUCAAACCCCUCACACAUGAGAGAGCUGUGGCUGACCGAGAGUAAAGCAACAGACUCAGGAGUGAAGCAUCUUUCUUCUCUUCUGGAGGAUCCCAACUGUAAACUGGAGGUACUAAACCUGAAUAACUGCAGCAUUGGAGAGGAAGGUUUCACAGCUCUUGCAUCAGCACUGAAAUCAAACCCCUCACACAUGAGAGUGCUGGGGCUGACCGGGAGUGAAGCAGGAGACUCAGGAGUGAAGCAUCUUUCUUCUUUUCUGGAGGAUCCCAACUGUACACUGGAGAAUCUAAACCUGGAUAACUGCAGCAUUGGUGAGGAAGGAUUCACAGCUCUUGCUUCAGCACUGAGAUCAAACCCCUCACACAUGAGAGAGCUGUAUCUGGAGGAGAGUGAUGCAACAGACUCAGGAGUGAAGCAUCUUUCUUCUUUUCUGGAGGAUCCCAACUGUAAACUGGAGAAACUACGCCUGAAGAACUGCAACAUUGGAGAGGAAGGAUUCACAGCUCUUGCAUCAGCACUGAGAUCAAACCCCUCACACAUGAGAGUGCUGGGGCUGACCGGGAGUGAAGCAGGAGACUCAGGAGUGAAGCAUCUUUCUUCUUUUCUGGAGGAUCCCAACUGUACACUGGAGAAUCUAAACCUGGAUAACUGCAGCAUUGGUGAGGAAGGAUUCACAGCUCUUGCUUCAGCACUGAGAUCAAACCCCUCACACAUGAGAGAGCUGUAUCUGGAGGAGAGUGAUGCAACAGACUCAGGAUUCGUACCCAAUCACUAA